AUGCCAAGGUCUCUAAUUGAACUUGAUUUGUCAACAAACAAUCUCACAGGUUCAAUCCCUGUUUCUAUAGGGAACUUGACCAACUUGAUCCCCCAAGAUAUUGGAAUGCUAAGGUCUCUAAUUAACCUUGGUUUGUCGAAAAACAAUCUCACAGGUUUGGUCCCUACUUCUAUAGGGAACUUGGCCACCUUAACCGUUUUACACCUUUUCAAAAACUGUAUUUCUAGACCCAUCCCUCAAGAAGUUGGAAUGCUAAGGUCUCUAAUUGAAGUUGAAUUGUCAACAAACAAUCUCAAAGGUUCAAUCCCUGCUUCUAUAGGGAACUUGACGAACUUGACCAUUCUAUACCUUUAUGAAAACCAACUUUCUGGAUCCAUCUCCCAAGAUGUUGGGAUGUUACGGUCUCUAAUUGAAUUUGAUUUGUCAACAAAUAAUCUCACAAGUUCAAUCCCUGCUUCUAUGCGGAACUUGACCAACUUGAUCAUUCUAUACCUUUAUGAAAACCAACUUUCUGGAUCCAUCCCCCAAGAUGUUUGA